UGAUCCAGUCUAAUCCAAGUCGAAUCCAUAUUGAAGUGCUGGCACUUUUGUACUUCUGUUAAUGAUUUGUUAAGCGGUGAUCAUGGAAGCCGGCAUAAAUCAACCAGCGCCCGAGAAACGCGUUGCGAUAUCGUCAUUUGCGACUGGAAAGCGUUCUGAAAUACCGGAAAAGGACAUUCCAGGUCGAUGCCGGUUAGUUACAGAGUUCGAGAAACUUAACAGGAUUGGAGAAGGCACAUAUGGAAUUGUCUAUAGGGCGCAGGACUUGAAGACUCAAGAAAUUGUUGCAAUGAAGAAAGUGCGAAUGGAGCAGGAAAAAGAUGGCAUUCCUGUCAGUGGGUUGCGGGAAAUCAACCUCUUGCUCAGUAUUCAGCACCAAAAUAUUGUUAACCUGAAAGAAGUUGCUGUUGGCAAAAGCUUGGACAGCAUUUUUCUCGUGAUGGAAUACUGCGAGCAAGACCUGGCCAGCUUGUUGGACAAUAUGCAAAGUCCAUUUUCCGAGUCACAGGUGAAGUGUAUCAUGAUGCAGCUGUUCAAAGGUCUUCAGUACCUGCAUAAAAAUUUCAUUGUUCACAGGGAUUUAAAAGUCUCAAACCUCCUGCUGACUGACAAAGGCUGCCUAAAAAUUGCCGAUUUUGGGCUUGCCAGAAAGUAUGGCCUCCCUGUGAAGCCUAUGACACCACGUGUAGUUACACUUUGGUAUCGUGCACCAGAACUGCUGCUUCAAGCCAAGACCCAGACAACAGCCAUUGACAUAUGGUAAGGCGGAAAUGUUCUUGGCCCGUGUGCUCAGAUUUGGGUGCACCACCCUCUUCUGCGCCACAGGUCUGACCGCCGCCUUGGACAGUUGCUUCUGGGGCUUCUCGGCAAUGCCUCUACAAUGAUAUGGCCUGGGUAUUCGAAGCUGUCAGCACUGGAGAAUUUCACCCUCAAGCAGCAGCCGUACAACAACGUGAAGCAUUUCUUUCCCUGGCUCUCACCAGCUGGCGUUCGCCUUUUGAAUUUCGUCUUUAUGUAUAACCCAAAAAAAAGAGCCACUGCCGAGGAGGCACUCCAAAGUUCCUAUUUCUCUGAACCUCCCUUGCCCUGUGAAGCAGAACUUAUGCCUUCAUUCCCGCAGCAUCGAAACUUGAAGCGGUCUUUCAUGGGAGGCUUUUCAGACAGACUGGGACACAUUACUCAAGACCUGAAGAAGACUGCAGACUUCAUCUGAGUCUGGUGGUCUGUGGAACAUCCCCAGAAAUUGCAGACAUGAAGACAAGCUAUUUCAGCAUGGAAUUUGAUUCUCAUCUCAACAAUGUUCUUAAAAGCAUCGAUUUUGUGUUAGUGUGCUGCAUCAUUCACUUUUAUAUUAUUGCAGUAAAAUGAAUAAAUAACAGCAUGCAAUCAUUUUUAAAGGGACACUAAAUAGAAAAACUUUUUUUUCUUAUAUUAGUAACUUACUCUUUCACAAUUCCAUAAUCAUUGCAUUUCCUGAGAUAAGAUGCACAAAAAUAAAAUGCUGGUGGCAAUGCCAUGUUCAAAUUUUUGCACCAAAUGUCAUGGCCUUUGUUAUUUUGACAGCAUCUAUACAGUCCUACGUAGUUCUUAAUCAGUAAAAAUUAAGUACAUUGUCCUCUGAGGGGGGUCAUAGGCUGAACAUACCAAGUUUCAGGAAAUAAAUACACUUUGAAAUC